AUGGGCAAACAAAAAACCAAAGGAAAAGAAGGGGAAUUAGUCCAAUACAUCACAAAAGGCAAAGCGAUGCGCAAACUUCAGCUAAACACAAAACAAUUCCAUAGGCUCUGCAUUCUCAAAGGAGUAUACCCCAGAGAUCCAAGAAAAAAGAAAGACUCAUCUAAGACUUACUAUCACACAAAAGAUGUCAAGUAUCUCGCUCAUGAGCAGCUUCUCUCUAAAUUCAGAGAAAUAGACUCUUGGGUCAAGAAAAUACGCAAAGCUACGGUUAAAAAAGACGGAAUGAAAGCUGAGAAGCUGAAGGAAAAUGCACCAUCAUAUAGCCUUCAUCACCUACUUCGAGAAAGAUACCCACGGUUUGGAGAUGCGCUCAGGGACCUAGAUGAUGCUUUAUCUAUGGUUUGUCUGUUUGCCAGCUGUCCAAGCAACAAAGACUAUAAAAUAUCAUUUGACAUGAUAAGGAUGAGUGAACGGCUAUGGCAUGAAUUUGAGUUAUAUCUGAUCGUAAGCAAAAGUGUCCGGAAAUCGUUUUUAUCAAUAAAAGGCAUUUACUACCAGGCCGAAAUUAAAGGCCAAGAAGUAACUUGGCUGGUCCCUUACCAAUUUGCACAGCAUUUACCUACUGAUGUCGACUACUCUAUAAUGCUUACUUUUCUCGAAUUUUAUCACACUCUGCUGAGGUUUGUUAAUUUUAAGCUUUUCCAAGAAGUAGGACUCAGCUACCCUCCAGAUCUUAGUGUUCCAACAUCUCAGCACAUUUCCCAGGCCCAGGUUCCAGAAGACAAUUUCCAUUUUGACCCAGAAUUCCAGUCUGACCCUGAUGUAAAGAAAAUUCAAAAAAUGCAUGAAGAUAGAGAAGCAUCCAAAAAACUGUUCAAAGGAUUUGUCUUUUUCCUUGGAAGAGAAACCCCAAGAUACUCUUUAGAGCUAAUUAUAAGGUCUUGUGCUGGAGAAAUAGCUCCAGAUGAUUGCGAUCAAGUUACACACCAAAUUGUUGAUAGGCCGAUCAACGAAACUAGGCAAGACAGAGAGUAUGUGCUGCCACAGUGGGUUUAUGACUGCUUGAAUUUCAAGAUUUUGCUACCAAUUGCCCCUUACAAACCUGGAUGCCAAGCUCCUCCCCACUUGUCUCCGUUCGUUGAUUACCAACAAGAAAGCCACAUUCCUGACAGGCUUAAAGAAAUAAUGCAACUUAAGGGCGAAAACAUUGAGUUGCAGCAAGAAGAGGAGUCACAGAAGAAAGAGCUCGGGAAAAUAAUGAUGACAAAGAAAAUUAGAAACCUUUACACAAGAAUGCAGUUCAGCUUGAAGAGGAAAAGGGCAAGAGUGGAGAGGCUUGCGAGAGGGAUGGAAAAAAUGGAAGUUGAAGAAAGUAAUCCUAACUAA